AUGGUUAAAGAGUUCAAGGAGCAAAUGAUGUCAAUCUUUGAGAUGACAGAUCUGGGAGAGUUGCAUUACUUCCUAGGGCUGGAAGUUGAACAAGAGAAUGGAAAAAUCUUUAUUUCUCAGCGGAAGUAUGCCAAUGAUUUGGUCGCCAAGUUCGGGUUAAAGGGUUGUAAUGCUGUACAAACCCCUAUGAAUACAAACGAGAAGUUGACAGCAAAUGAUGGAAGUGGAGCAGCAAAUGUGACUCAAUUCAGAAGUCUAAUAGGUGGCUUGAUGUACUUGACGCACACAAGGCCAGAUGUCGCACAUGCAGUUGGGUUAGUUGCAAGGUUUAUGCAAAAUCCAACUAAACAACACAUGGGAGCAGCAAAGAGAAUUCUUCGCUACAUUGCAGCAACAUCAAGUUAUGGGUUAUGGUACAACACAAGUGAUGAACCUCGUUUGCUGGGUUUCAGCGAUAGCGAUUGGGCAGGCAGUGUAGAUGAUCGUAAGAGCACAACAGGUUCUUUCUGCUCCACAUUUAACUCUUGCAACAAACGUCUUAACCAAACACCUUGA